UGCGAUUUUUGGGAAUGUUAGCAAUCGUACGAUAAUGCAUGGAAAUGUAUUGCUUGGACCACCGAGACUUAGGCAAAUACGUGUCAAAAAGGGGCAGUGUAAGUAUCAUCCAGUUUUCUCCAAGUAUUUGCCAGAAUGCUAUUCGCCCUACACUUGGUUAACUGAGAAUCGUGACGAGUACAAGGGAAUCAAGUGGCAAAGCAUGUCUAAGGCCGGUGCGACCCCACUCUGGGGAGAGUUCGAGAUAUAUUCUGGUGCCGGAUAUAUAACAAAUUUCAGCUAUGACAAUGAAGAAAAUAUUCAGUUGGUCAAGAAACUUAGACAGGAAAAUUGGAUUAAUCAUGGCACGCGUUUACUUCUACUAGAAUUUAGUUUAUAUCAUGUGAACACUCGUCUUUUUGAGUUGGUUAAAUUUAUGGUAGAGAUUCCUCCUACAGGUAGUUGUAUACCCAUGGUAAAGUUGCGCACUCUUCGACGUGAAUCUUUCAUCAAUAAUCCAUCCUGGUUAAUGAGCUUUAUUACCUUUGCCUACUACGUUUUUAUCUGUUCCAGCAGCUACAGGGAAAUUUUUCUUAUUAAUGCAAUGGGCUUUUGUAAUUAUAUAAGAGUCAUGAUUAAUCUGGCAGACUUUUCGUGCUGUUUGGUAAUUGAAAUUAUCAACUGA